UCUGCAUGGGACUGGGUGAGUGGCUGGCACUUCCUGCAGAAGUCCCCGUCCCCAGCUGCUCAGGACCUCACCAUGCCUACCUCCUUCCCGGAAUUGGAUCUAGAAUACUUUGAGUAUGAUGACUCUGCUGAGGCCUGUUAUUUGGGUGACAUCGUGGCCUUUGGGACCAUCUUCCUGUCUAUUUUCUACUCCCUUGUCUUCACGUUCGGUCUGGUGGGGAAUCUGUUGGUGGUCCUCGCCCUCACCAACAGCCGGAAGUCCAAGAGCAUCACCGACAUCUACCUCCUGAACCUAGCCUUGAGCGACCUGCUCUUUGUGGCCACUUUGCCCUUCUGGACUCACUACCUCAUCAGCCAUGAGGGCCUCCACAACGCCAUGUGCAAGCUCACGACUGCCUUCUUCUUCAUUGGCUUCUUUGGGGGCAUAUUCUUCAUCACCGUCAUCAGCAUCGACCGGUACCUCGCCAUCGUCCUGGCCGCCAACUCCAUGAACAACCGGACAGUGCAACACGGCGUCACCAUCAGUCUGGGCGUCUGGGCGGCGGCCAUCUUAGUGGCGUCGCCCCAGUUCAUGUUCACAAAGAGAAAGGACAACGAAUGUUUGGGUGAUUACCCCGAGGUCCUGCAGGAAAUCUGGCCCGUGCUCCGCAACUCGGAGGUCAACAUCCUGGGCUUCGUCCUGCCCUUGCUUAUCAUGAGCUUUUGCUACUUCCGCAUCGUCCGGACGCUGUUUUCCUGCAAGAACCGGAAGAAGGCCAGAGCCAUUAGGCUCAUCCUCCUGGUGGUUGUUGUCUUCUUCCUCUUCUGGACACCUUACAACAUCGUGAUUUUCCUGGAGACUCUCAAAUUCUACAACUUCUUCCCUAGUUGUGACAUAAAGAGGGACCUGAGGUGGGCCCUUAGUGUGACGGAGACAGUGGCUUUUAGCCACUGCUGCCUCAACCCCUUUAUCUACGCUUUCGCUGGGGAAAAGUUCAGAAGGUACCUGAGACACCUGUACAACAAGUGCCUGGCCGUCCUGUGCGGUCGUCCUGUCCACGCCGGCUUCUCAACAGAGUCCCAGAGGAGCAGGCAGGACAGCAUUCUGAGCAGCUUGACUCACUACACAAGUGAGGGAGAGGGAUCUCUCCUGCUCUGAAGGGGUCUCCCCGACCCCGACUCUACUAAGAACCCAGAGUUCUUGCAUCUGACUCUGUGUAAUGAAAACAGAUUCACACACACACACACACACACACACACACACACACACACACACACACACACCGCUC